AUGGAGAAGGCAUUGGAAUUCCAGACAUUGGACGAUGAUGGAGUCCGUCAAAGAGGUGGCGGCUCUAUCUCAGAGAUGAAGCCCGUCAGCUUUGACCGGGACAGAUAUGAGCUCGCUCGAGUGGGAAAACAGCAAGUCUUGAAGCGCCGCUUCGGAUUGGUGAGCAUGACAGGACUGUCCUGCGGUCUCAUGUGCACAUGGGAGAGCAUAUUAGUGUAUGACCUUGCAUACAUCAGUGGCGGCCCUGCCGGCCUAAUAUACGGUUUUCUUCUUGUAUGGCUCGGAAACAUUUCGGUCUUCAUCGCCAUAGGUGAGCUUUCGAGCGCGAUUCCCACUGCGGGGGGGCAAUAUCACUGGGUUUCGUUGCUCGCACCGCGCUCAAGUAAACGAUUCUUCAGCUACAUCACCGGAUGGCUCACUGUCAUUGGGUGGAUUGCUGCGUUGACAUCUGUAUGCUUCUUCGUUGCGGACCUGACAUUGGGUCUUGUUUCCCUCGGUCAUCCCGAGUACACCCGGCAACUGUGGCACGGUACACUGCUCUUGUGGGCGGUCCUUUUACUAUGCGUCUUCAUCAACGUAUUCGUCAGCGGAGCACUGCCCACCAUUGAAGUGAUUGUGCUUGUCAUCCAUGUUCUCGGUUUCUUUGGUAUUCUCAUACCACUGGUCUACCUGACAGCUUCACACCACUCGGCGAAGGAAAUCUUCACCACGUUCAAUAAUCACGGAGGUUGGAGAACGAACGCACUGGCUUUCUUCAUCGGCCUACAAGGAAAUGCUCUUGCGUUUGUUGGAACCGAUUCUGCGGUGCAUAUGUCAGAGGAGGUCAGGAACGCCAGUACGGACGUUGCACGCUCGAUGCUUCUCAGUCUUGGUAUCAAUGGCUGUCUCGCUCUUGGCAUGCUCAUAUCGGUAUUAUUCAGUGCUCCCGAUAUCAUGGGGUUGGUAAAUGACGCGUCUUCGACCACUCCGAUCUUUAUGCGUAUAUUUGAGUAUGGCACCGGAUCCGUUGUUGGAGCGACUAUCAUGACAGUCAUCAUCAUCUCCCUCGAGUUCUGCAGUGCAAUGGGUUGCUUGGCAGCAGCAUCGCGUAUGACAUGGUCGUUUGCAAGAGACCAUGGAUUGCCGUUUUCGCGGGCUCUUAGCAUGAUCGAUAAACGCACAACUAUUCCUGUAGUCGCCAUCCUCGUUGUAACCACGCUUUCCGCCCUCCUCGCCCUCAUCAACAUCGGCAACAACGCCGCCUUCAAUGGCACCAUCUCCCUUGUUCUCGAAGGUUUCUACAUCUCGUACCUCUUAGCGAUCGGCCUUCUCUUGUGGCGACGCCUGCGCGGUGACAUGGACGACCCCAACUCCGGUCUUACCGCUUUCAGCUCCAACGCGCAGGCCGACGAGCUACACGAUAGGAGCUUGGGCUGGGGCCCAUGGAGGCUGAAAGGCCCAUUAGGGGUCGUGAACAACAUUGUUGCAUGUUGCUACCUUCUCUUGCUGAUUUUCUUCAGUUUCUGGCCGAGCAACUUCAAGAUCGCAAACCCCUCGCAAAUGAACUGGGCUAUUGUAGUGACAGCUGGCGUAGCAUCUUUUAGUGUUGGAUACUACUUGUUGUUCGCGAAAAAGAGCUACAAUGGACCUGUGGUGGAAGUUGACCCACACUUGCUUUGA